AUGUGUGUGUCAAGGUGUCUACAAUGUGUGGGCUUAUCCCUCAUUCCUAUGGCGAUCAUCUGCAUGCUGUCCAAUAUUCUGCUGCUGCUUCCUGAACUCAAGCCCCACUUCCUUUUGGAAGGUCAUGUUACCAGAGAAGCUACCUGGGCUACGGGUCUGUGGGGCUCAGGCUUUCUGGUUUUACUCGGAGCACGGGCCUUCAUCCAGAGCAGCAAGACUAGAGGCUGCUGCGCCUUCAGGAGUCAGAUGUUGUGUCAGGCUCUUUAUUCCUGUGUGGGGCUGCUGGCUGCCUCCAGCUGUUCUCUGGUCAGCGCCACAGGUCUGUCUCAGGGUCCUCUGUGUCUCUACAACUCAUCCUCUGGUCUUACCUGGGGUGUCCCCCUUCAGCCCCUCCCUGACAUACACUCAGGGUACCUGUACAACCAAACUCUGUGGUCGGGGGUCUGUCUGGCACCCCACUCAGUGGUUCAGUGGAAUGUUGUCCUGUUCAGCAUUAUGGGAAUCACCAGUGCCCUACAGGCCGCCCUCUGUGGACUGAACUUCCUGAACUCUCUGGUGGGGCUGGUCCUGGGUCAGGGGUUAGGUCACAACAAGGUCGCUCCAGUUCCGGUAUGAGGUGUGCUGAGCUUCACAGGAAACCAGCUAUAAGACAUUUCAAAAUAAAAGCACUGAUGCACUUUAGCCAAGCAAUGGCUCUGAAAUCAUCAGAGAUGUUGGUUCCAUAGAGUAUAAC